GGCGGCGGCGCGGCGGCUCGGAGGCGCCGGGCCCUCUCGGGGCCGCGCGGGGCCCGGGUGGAGGAGGCGACGGCGGCGGCGCGGCGGGAGGAGGAGGGCGCAGAGGAGGAGGGUGGCGUCCAUGAGGCCGGCCCGUGCCUGGAGGAGGAGGCCAUGAACGGCGACCGGACCGAGAGCGACUGGCAGGGGCUGGUGAGCGAGUACCUGGUGUGUAAAAGAAAGCUGGAGAGUAAGAAGGAAGCCCUGCUGAUCCUUUCCAAGGAGCUGGACACAUGCCAGCAGGAAAGGGACCAGUACAAACUCAUGGCCAAUCAGCUUCGAGAGCGCCACCAGUCCCUAAAGAAGAAGUACCGUGAGCUGAUUGAUGGAGAUCCAUCACUUCCCCCUGAAAAGAGGAAACAGGCUAAUCUUGCACAACUAUUGAGAGAUUCUCAGGACCGAAAUAAACGUCUGGGAGAAGAAAUUAAAGAACUUCAGCAAAGGCUUGGAGAAGUCCAGGGCGACAAUAAGCUCUUGAGAAUGACAAUUGCCAAACAGAGGCUGGGAGACGAAGAAAUCGGCGUGCGGCACUUUGCAGCCCAUGAGCGUGAAGAUUUGGUUCAGCAGCUGGAGAGAGCAAGGGAACAGAUUGAGUCUCUGGAGCAUGACCUGCAGGCCUCUAUGGACGAGCUUCAGGAUGUUAAAGAAGAGCGGUCUUCCUACCAGGACAAAGUCGAGAGGCUCAACCAGGAGCUAAACCACAUCCUGAGCGGCCACGAGAACCGAAUCAUUGACGUGGAUGCCCUGUGUAUGGAGAACAGGUACCUUCAAGAGAGAUUAAAGCAACUUCAUGAAGAGGUCAACCUCUUGAAAUCUAACAUUGCCAAAUAUAAGAAUGCUCUUGAGAGACGGAAAAACUCAAAAGGCCAGGGUAAAUCCAGCAGCAGUGCUCUGACUGGAGUCCUGUCUGCAAAGCAAGUUCAGGAUCUGUUAUCUGAGGAUCACGGGUGCAGCCUCCCAGCCACUCCACAGUCCAUUUCUGAUCUGAAAUCUCUGGCAACAGCCCUGUUGGAGACAAUCCAUGAGAAAAACAUGGUGAUCCAGCACCAGAGGCAGACCAACAAAAUCCUAGGGAAUCGGGUGGCUGAACUGGAGAAAAAAUUAAGAACUCUGGAAGUUUCUGGUUUGUGGAGUCUUCCAGGCCUGAGCUACAAUGUUUCCGUAGGAUUUGGGAGAGGCAAAGACACCAUACUGUUUGGUGACCCCGCUCUUCCCACCACGCAGAGGUCGAGAUCCCCACUGCUCAAGUUCGUCGAGCAGCUCACUGAGAACAAAGCGAGUCCCAAGGAUGGGGAGGCUCAGAAGCAAGAACGAGAUGAAAGUCGUGCCGCUGCCGAGGCGUUGACAGUGCGGGAGGAUGCUGGGAUUCCCGCCGUUAGCUCCCCAGCAAAUCAGAGUCACUGGAACCAACGCAAGCACUUUCAUCCCUCAUUACCCCAGCUACCUUCUGAGGAAGAAGAAGUAAACAGGCUUGGAAGGGAAAUCGUGAAACUGGCAGAGGAGCAGGCAGCUGCCAAACCAGAAGGGGUCACAAGAGAGAGUCCCGUGGAGAGUCGGAGGGACGAGAUGGGGCCAUCCCCGCCGGGCCUGGCCGCCAAGGGGUCGUGCCCCAAACCUUGCCCGGACUCUGCUGAGUCCAGCCAGCCUGCAGCAGAAGCUCCCACCCUGGAAGACGGCAAGGAGACCCCCGAGAGUGGAGGUAGAAGGAACACCAUGAAAACUUGAAGGGGAACGAGGUCAGGCAUGAUGACACAUUGAAGGCACCCGGGUCGGUAAAGAAUUAAGCAUCAGAACAGCUCACCGAAGUCACUUUCUCCUAAAACACCUCCAAGUCUGCAAGUGAAAAAGGACACACAGCUCCUGCUGUAAACUGUGAAUGUCCUGAUGACGCCAGCACAGUUCGGUUUAUUAAAUGCGGGUCCUCAAGCUUC